AUUUUGAUAAUUCUCAAAAAAUUUAUUGUUCAGAACGCCAUUGCCGCCAAUUCAAAAUUCAUCAUCGCCACUCUUUCACCCAUCACAUCCCAUGGUCGUCGACCUUUAGCUGAGAGCUCGAGAGCCGGUCCAGCCGGAGAUGUCCUCAAACGGCCUCAGCCGCAGCAAAUCCUUCCAGAAGUCCUAGCAGUCCCAUUCUCUCACACGCAGCAAUGGAAGGCCCCUCCCUGAAACUGAUAGUAGUGAAAGGUCCUCGAGAAGGUGAAACCCUAGAAUCCAACUCCCUACCAGUUAUCCGAAUCGGCAGAGUUGUUCGUGGCAACACCUUCGCUAUCAAAGACGCUGGCAUUUCCUCAAAGCACAUUUCUAUCGAAUUCACCUCUGGAAAGUGGGCCAUCCAGGACCUCAAUUCCUCCAACGGCACCUUACUCAACGGCAACAAGCUCCAGCCGCUGACCCCCUUCGAAGUUCACGAUGGAGACGCCAUCAAGAUCGGCGAGUGCACCUCGAUCGAGGUCAAAAUCGACGCCAGCGAUCAAGCACCUCAGGUGCGGCGAAACUUGAGGCGGCGGGCGGCGGCGAAAGAUGGGGGUUCGGAGAUUGCGGCUCCGGUUGCCGAGACUCGGGGCCGGAGAGCUCGGACUAGGGCUUUGAAAGAAGAGAAUUUGGAAGCUGGUGUGGGGUUAGGCACUGAAAAUGGUGAUUUGCAGGAAGGGCUUGAUGGGAAAUUGGGGAAUGGGGCCGUGGCUGUGGCGGAUAAACGGUCCCGGCAUGGGCGGACAAAGAAAGCUGGGGUUUUGAAAAACGAGGAUGAAGAGGGUGUGCGGAAGGUUAGGAAAGACGAAGAAGUAGACACUCUAGGUCCUGUUGAAGAGAAACAAGGGCGGCGAAUGAGUUCAAGGAGGACUCGGAGUUCAAAGAAUGAGAAACAGUCGACUUCUAAUUCUAUGCUUCAGACAGUGCAGGAAGCUUCUGGUUUCAAUCAAGAUGAAUGCAGAGAAGUGGAGAAUUUGGCUCCAGUGGAAGGUAAGAAGGCACGAGCUGGUAGGACGAGGAGGAAGAACUUAAAGGAUGACCCUCCGGAGGUGGUUGAAGUAGAUGUUUUGAAUGACAAGGAGAAUGUAGAUGAACUCAAUAUUGGGCAAGAAACUUGUAACCAAUCUGAGAGUACCUCUGGUAUUAAAGAGAGUGAUACUGGGAAAGUUGUGGAUGUGCCUGAUUUGGAGAAGAUGACACUUGGGGAGUGGUUUGAUUAUUUAGAAGUCUAUUUGCCAAAACAGAUUUGUGAAGCAACUGAUGAAAUAAUUGAAGCUAUGAGACAAAAAUCCAAGCAGGUAAGUGAGUAUGUGGCCCAGCAGAUGAAUGAGAAGGGUAAACUACCUAUGGAUUAUACGUAGGAGCAAUUUGAUUUAUAAGUUAAUCAGCACCUGAGUUGCUUUACUUCUGUGACUUUUUGUGAUGUAAUGUGAAAUAUUCCUUCCCAUUAGGGUCUCGUGUAUUUCUCAGCAUGAUGUUAUAGCGUUCUAAUCACUGCAUCAUACCUGAUUUGUGCUGCAAUAAAUAUGCUGUAUUUAGGUCA